AUGACGAGCCAACUCCCCCCCGGCGUGAUCGUCUUUGGUGCCGACGAAAAUUGCACACUUGAUACAUGCCCGGUGACAUGGAGCAUUUACGGCUACCAGCCGUCUCGUGCUGCAAAUGCAACCUUUCUUGUGCUCUACGUCGUGGCCGGUAUAGUUCAUGGCUAUCUCGGUAUUCGCUGGAGAAGUUGGGGCUUCAUGACCGGCAUGCUUCUGGGAUGCCUUUGUGAAAUUAUCGGAUAUGCGGGGCGGCUCAUGCUUUGGAAGAAUCCCUUCUCUUAUCCUGGAUUCAUGAUCCAAAUCAUUUGCCUUACAAUCGCCCCUGUGUUUUUCACGGCCUCAAUUUACGUCACCCUUUCAAAAACUAUCGUCCAUCUUGCGCCUGAACUUUCUCGGUUCAAGCCCAAGCUCUAUUAUUGGAUCUUUAUUCCCUUUGAUGUUACCUGCUUGUUGCUUCAAGCCGCGGGAGGCGCAAUGUCUACAGACUCUAAUGGUAGUAAUCAGGUCGGAGUUAACAUCUCUUUGGCGGGUCUCAUUUUGCAGGUCAUUGUCCUUACCAUAUUUGUUGGCUUUUUCGCCGAUUUCAUGAUUCGGUACUUUCGAUCUAGCCACACGAAGAAGUUCGGGUGGAGGCUCAAGGCGUUCUUUUCGGGCUUGAGUACCGCUAUUAUUCUUAUUCUUAGCCGUUGCGCAUAUCGCGUUGCAGAGCUUCAGGACGGCUACAGUGGCUCGUUGAUCAAGGAGCAAAUCCCGUUUAUCAUUCUUGAGGGUGUGUUUGUCUUUCUUGCGACUAUAAGUUUGUGCUUUGGACAUCCUGGUCUGGUUUUCAAGAAACGAGCUACCGAUGCAAGUCCCGAUUGUAGUCUCGAAGGCGGAAAUUCCACGUAUCAACAGAAGUAG